AUGUUGCUAAUGGCGAUGGCGGGAGGCAUGGCGCAGAUGGUGAGCGGAGUGCCCGUGAAGGUGCGACCGGGGGAGGUCGUGGGUGGGAUGGUGAGGGAGACGGCAGAAGGAGGAAUGGCGGAGCGAGUAGAGCAACUAGCGGCAAAGCUGGCGCAGCAAGAGGAGGCCACGGCUGCUCUCAAGCGAGAGGUGGACGAAAUGAAACGCGCGAUGGCGAAUGCCGACGCGGCGAAGGGCGCAGCGGCGAAAGAUGCGUUGGCGACGGGCAGCCAAGGGGAGACGGCGAAGGGCAAGGGCGGGGCGGAGAGUGCGGCGGCAGGGGAAGCAGGGGACAGCCUCCCGGCGCAGAUUUCUGAGCGGAGCAACAUAAUUGUCCCGCCGUUACUUGGAGUAAGAAGUGAGUAUGAGUCGGAGGUGGAGGGGUUGAAGGAGCAGAUGGAGGCGGUGCGGAGGGAGGCGGCAGACGCGGUGGGCGUGCUGAAGGCGGAAAUCGCGCGGAUGAGGGCUGCGGCGGAACGGCAGGCGGCGGAAGUGGCGUACGUGCGCUCGACGGCGGCGCACACCGAGGCGCGGAUGAACGAAGUCGAGCUGGCGGUGGUGGAGUGGAAGAGCGCGCGGAAGAAGGCGCGCGCGGAGAUGGAGCGCGCGGAAGAAGUCGCGGGAGCGGGGACGCCCGAGGGGAAGAAGCGGAAGCGGGAUGAAGCGGGGAAGGCGGAGGAGAUGGCACAUGCUGCUGCGGGCGGUUGCGCACUCAUUGCCAAUCCCGUUGCCUGUGAUGGAGAAUGCGAUGAGGGAGAAACCAAGGCAGCCCUGUCGGGACUACAGACGGCGAUGGAUGGGCUGCUGCGCAGAGUGGUGAAUGUGGAGGAGAGUGGAAUUGACAGAGGGAGGGUAUGGGAGGUGCUGCUCACGCUCUGGGCCAGAACAUCCCCGCAGCAGCAUGCAACAAUGAACCUCAGCCGCAUCUCUUGCCUCACAGACGCGGCUCUCGCUCGCCUCGCCUCGUUCCACCACCUCAUCUCCAUAAACCUCAGAAAAUCCUCAGUGACUGACUCUGGUAUGAAGUAUCUCAGGAAUAUGAAGCUGUUGGUGAAGCUGGGGAUGCAGGAUGCUAGGAUUACUGCGCGUGGUGUUAGCUGGCUCAAGGGCCUUCCGUACCUGCAGAAGAUUGCAGUAGGAGCAGAAGAUGUUGAAGGGUUUAUUCAGGACACUUUCCCUGCAGUAGUUGUGACUCCAGGGCCACUCUAG